AUGAUCUUCGAUUCUUGCUCAUGCCACGCAUGUUGUUUCCCUCGUUACUUUCCUUUCCUGAACUUUCCUUUACUGAUAUGUUACCUUGUAGUAGCAUAUACGAAUGGUCUUUCGGAGAGACGACAACACUGCCCACAUCUUAUGCGUUCUCUUCCCCUUCUUGUGGCCGUGGUUGUGGUGGCACAGGUGGCCUCGCAGCCGCAGGCCUCGUCAUGGCGGAAGCCGAAUGUAACCACCUUGCUCGAGGACCGCAUUCGGCUCGCCCAAGGGGCCAUCGCGCAGGCCGUCUCGGAGCUGGACAGCACAACCUCGAUGUUUCCCGAUCUCGUGGACACCUAUGGUUUUUCUGGCGCUCUUUAUUCCCUGCUUGCCGAGUUCGACCAGCUCGCGAACCGGUCGCAGUACGCUGUCGAUCUGGUAGGGUACUUUGGCGCGGCGAGCGCGGUGACGGCGGCGAACUACUCGGGGCUGUAUGUGCGUUCUUCCCCUGCUCUCAACAAUGGCUUGAACUUCGGACACGGAGCGGUCGUCGCGUAUAAGGCGUAUAACAACUCGUUGUUCCUCCAAUUUGCUGUCGACGCGUGGUCGGCCGCAGUUCCCUACACACUCACGCAGGCGGCGCUCGAUGCAGGCAAGACGUCGAACAAGAAUUUCACUCUGAGCCCUGACUGUCAAGGGGUGAGCAUGGCGGGCGGAACAUUCUGGGUUGCUUCUUCAGUAUCACUCAUUGCUCCGUUCUGA